AUGCUUCUUUACGAGCCGUCCGGCAUGGGAGAGGCCCUCUCGCGAGACCUCGCGAGCAAGGGCUGGCAUGUCGCCAUGGCUGACCUUAAAACCAACGACACGCUGUCCUUAGAGCUCGGACGAAACGCCAGCUUUCACAAGACAGACGUAGCCGACUAUGAAAGCCAGGCAAAGACGUUUCAAGAAGUCCGGAAUGAACAUGGUCGCAUCGAUGCUUUGCUCGCAAACGCGGGCAUCGUUGACAAGGAGUCCUUGUACAUCUUUGACCAUCGAGACUCAGAUGUCAUCCCUCCCAAGCCUAGCCUGCUGUGGACUGAUAUCGAUUGGAAGGGUGUCGUCUAUGGAACGCAACUGGCCACGCACUUUAUGCGCAAGAACAAAUAUGACGGGGCCAAGGCGGCAAUCGUUAAUUUCGUUCGAGCAACAUCACGAGUGCUCAAGAUUAAGGAGAAUAUCCGAAUCAACGUCGUGUUGCCCGGUAUCGUGGCUACCAGCAUCAUCCCACCGGGGAUGGUGGCUGCCGUUUCCCCUGAAUGUAUGACGCCUUUUUCGAGUAUUGUCGCAGCGUACAAUAUGUUUCUCGAGGACGAUACGCUCAGUGGCCAGGCGAUCGAGUGCUCGGCAGGGAAGAGACUAUUCGUACCGACGACGGAGCCGCUCAAUGGCCAUGUUUCGAAGCGAGCCGUGACUGUGUGGCAGCCGCUGUUCAAGAUGUAUCACCAUGAAGGUUCGGGAUUGCCCGAUGCCAUCGAGUGA